GCAAAUAUGGAGACCUCUCCUGUCACAGAGCUGAGCUUUAUGCCGACUUUUUCUUCAAACCAAGAAUCCGAAGGAGAUAAGACAAGCUUUGAAACCGCUGCAUCGUCAGUUAACUGUUUUGCCGAGGUUGUUGUGACCCAAAAUUACUCAGAUAUUUCAAGGAGUGUUACAAUACCAGGUAAUGGAGUGGCAACAUUUGCUGUUAGUUCAAGUGGAGCCCUCACCUGUCCAGGUGCUGUGCUUAACAAUCAAGUCACAGUUGUGACAGUUCCUGAAAGCCAGUUGUUUGCUGUCCAGCAACCGGAGCAAGGUGAUUCAAUUCAACAAGAAGCUGACCUAAACAGUGAAGAUGAUGUUACUUCUGUCACAGCCAGUGCAUCAAAUGUCACUGAUCCUAAUGAACUAACCAUAAAUGUGCUACAGCCUUCCACUUCUCUCCCAGAUGGUAGUGUGUUAGCAGAGGAAGCAUCAAACACUGCACCCACAGAAGUUAAGAAAAGAAAAGGUGGUUGGCCUAAAGGUAAAAAAAGGAAGAAAGAAUUUGGUGAUUUGAAUAAACCAAAAGCUCCAAUUACUGGGUAUGUGAGGUUUAUCAACAGUCGACGGUCUGAGGUGAAACAACAACAUCCUCAUCUACAGUUUUCAGAAAUAACAAAGAUACUUGGCUUGGAGUGGAGCAAUCUUCUGCAAGAGGAGAAACAGAAAUACUUGGAUGAAGCAGAAGAAGAUAAAAAGCGUUACAUUGAAGAACUUAAAAUUUACCAACAAUCUGAACAGUACCAAGCAUUUAUAAAAAGACAAAGUGCCAAGAAACUCAAGUCUAUUGUCGGAGUAGAUACUCCUGAAGAAGUGUCCUCCAGCUUGUUGUUAAGUGAGCAAGUGGAAGAUGAUUCCAAUGAAUUGUACUGCAGAGUUUGCAACCAGUUCUUCAGCUCCUUACACAACAAGAAGGAACAUUUAUUUGGAAAACAGCAUCUUUUGAUGCUUACAGGAGAAUUUGAACGUGAAGCUGAACAAAAUGCUAACGGCACAGAGAAAGUUUCCAAUGACUCUCCUGAUCUGGCCCCUUGUAACACAGUCUCAGAUACCGUAGGAACAUCACUGAUAUCAAAUGAAUCAAUGGUGUCUAUCUCACAGUUUACAGAAAAGUUCUUGGAACAAAACUUAAACAGAGAACUGGAACUGAGAGAGCUUAGAAAAGUGGUCCUCAUGUCGCAGGAGGAGAACAUGACACUCAAUAAAGACAUGGAAGAGCUUAAGAAUUUAUUACAAAAAGUUGAAGAUGAUCUUGGGUCAGUCAAAGCCUAUGGAGCGUCACUUACAGCUCAACUUAAUAGCUUAAGGAUGGUGCCAACUCUGUUUGGGGUAAUUAACUUUUAGAUCCGACCUUGAAAUGAUACUUCACAACUCUACCAUCGAGGACCGCUCAACUUCGCUCUUUGGUACUGAAAUUUUUAAUUGUAACCGGUAAUUACGAGGAACAACGCAACAGUAUGCAGCCGUAUAAGAAAGACUUGAAGUAUUGCAAAGCAAUGAGGAAACGAGUUCGUGAGCGUUUGGGGUGUACACGGUUACCUGUGACCAACCACGAUACAAACAUGUCUGUGCCUUCUUGUGGCAGGCAUUCUUAAACUUCAGGAUAAUAACUUUCAAACACAAUUUUUUUUUUGUAUAUUGUUAUAGUUCUGUUUCAUCAUGCAUGCUUUGCCUCGCAGCCUUGACCAACUGUAUGUUUAUCGAAUAGCGUAAGUACGUAUCCUAAAGAAAGUUACAUACUUCUCAUGGAAACAGGGGAAAAGAAAGUGUCUAACAUUUCUUUGCCAAGUGUACCGGCUUUUUUCUCUCCCCAAGACAGUGUUGCAUCAAGACAUCACUUUAAAGAUGAGUGCCUGGUAGGCCUUGAAUGGACAAACAACUGAUUCAAUCACGUUCUACAGAGGAACAUAGAGCAUAAAACUGAGAAACCCUCCAGUGACUUUAUACAGUAAUAGUUUUGUGUCGCAAAAAGAAAUAUUCAAUCAUAUUUGUGUUAUAUCUGAGGCUACAUAGAGCUUGUUCGUUGAAGUGAAUCGUGCAACCUCAAUUAACCAAUAUAAAUAAAGCAGUAUUUCGUGAAGUU